GGCUAUGUGACCUCGGGAGGAUGCCUUGAGCUGGAGCAACCAGUCCCUGGCUUUUCUGCAUUUAUCCAAACAAGGCAGCCGAAAAAAAAGGUGAAAGGGGACUAAGGUCGAGCGGAGCCCGGGGGAGCUCGAGAGAGCCUCCCCACUUCACCAGAAUCGCCGACCGCCCUCCCAACCCUCUCUCUGUACUUCCGCUUUCGGUUGUGCCUCCCCUACCCCAGCCAGAAAGGUCCGCGCAGCAACGGCGCGGGGCGUCGCCGGAAGUGUCGUGAAACUCCGGAUAUCCGGUUCCUUCGGGCGCUCCGGGGGCUGACGGAGAGGGCCGCCGCCCAGCAGUAGACGCUGUCUCAGCCGGCCGAGCCGCAGUCUCCGCGGUGUGUUAAGUGAGCCCCGGCCCGGUCCCCACUCCCGCCGCCGCCAUGGGCUGCACGUUGAGCGCCGAAGACAAGGCGGCGGUGGAACGGAGCAAGAUGAUCGACCGCAACUUGCGGGAGGAUGGGGAGAAAGCGGCGAAAGAAGUGAAGCUGCUGCUACUUGGUGCUGGAGAAUCUGGUAAAAGCACCAUCGUGAAACAGAUGAAAAUCAUUCAUGAGGAUGGCUAUUCAGAGGAAGAAUGUAAACAAUAUAAAGUGGUUGUCUACAGCAAUACUAUACAGUCCAUCAUUGCAAUCAUUAGAGCCAUGGGACGGCUAAAGAUCGACUUUGGGGAAGCUGCCAGAGCAGACGAUGCUCGGCAGUUAUUUGUUUUGGCUGGCAGUGCUGAAGAAGGGGUUAUGACUCCAGAAUUAGCAGGAGUAAUUAAACGGUUAUGGCGAGAUGGUGGGGUGCAAGCUUGCUUCAGCAGAUCCAGGGAAUAUCAGCUCAAUGAUUCUGCUUCAUAUUACCUAAAUGAUUUGGAUAGAAUAUCCCAAACCAACUACAUUCCAACUCAGCAAGAUGUCCUGCGGACAAGAGUGAAGACCACAGGCAUUGUGGAGACACACUUCACUUUCAAAGACCUGUACUUCAAGAUGUUUGAUGUAGGUGGCCAAAGAUCAGAACGAAAGAAGUGGAUUCACUGUUUUGAGGGAGUUACAGCAAUUAUCUUCUGUGUGGCCCUCAGUGAUUAUGACCUUGUACUGGCUGAGGAUGAGGAGAUGAACCGAAUGCAUGAAAGCAUGAAACUGUUCGACAGCAUUUGUAACAAUAAAUGGUUUACAGACACUUCCAUCAUUCUGUUCCUCAACAAGAAAGAUCUUUUUGAGGAGAAAAUAAAGAGGAGUCCAUUAACUAUCUGUUAUCCAGAAUACACAGGUUCCAAUACAUAUGAAGAAGCAGCUGCUUACAUUCAGUGCCAGUUUGAAGAUCUGAACAGAAGAAAAGAUACCAAGGAGAUCUAUACCCACUUCACCUGUGCCACAGACACCAAGAACGUGCAGUUUGUUUUUGAUGCUGUUACAGAUGUCAUCAUUAAAAACAACUUAAAAGAAUGUGGACUCUAUUGAAGAGGGUGGAUGUUAAUAAAAGUUAUUACGGUGUGGAGUUUCGAGACCAGACUUCUUUUGCUGUCUCAUUGGGCAGUUGCAAGCAUGAACGGGACCAGGGAAUGGCAGCGGCAUGCAGAAUCUUAGCACUCUUUAGCACAAUCUUUUGUAUUAAGGAACUCUUAAUUGACACAGAUGCUAAAGUCAGAUAUUGGAAUCGAAAUAACUGUAAAGUAUGAUUUGAUCAUCAAGACAUCACUUGGAGUUCACAGUCUCAAAUGUUUAGGGCAGAUGUGAAGUUGAGGUGCUGCAUUCUAGAACUUCAAUAUGUAGCGUACUCUUUUUUCUUCUUGACAAACCAUCAGUAGUUCAGUGUUUUAGGUGUUUUUGUUUUGUUUUUGUUUUUCCAUCAAAGGAAGAAUAACUUCACUAAAUUUUAGUUCUUUGCAAAAGAAUCUUUAUUAAAACACAAACAAUCUUAACUAUGCACAUGAUGUGACAAGAUCAUCUUGAAAAUACUCUUCUUAGUAGGAACUCUUUGUUUUUAACUCUCAGUAUGAUCAGAAUAUAAUAUUUGCAUAAUUCUUUAAUUCUUUGUAGUUAUUGGGACUGUAAUUAUAGCUUUUUGGAUGCAAUUUAUGUUACUGUCCUGUUCAGAGUACCAUUAUGGUUUCUAAACGGUAAUUAACAUUGAAGAGCUCUGUAAUAAGAUUCUAGCUCUCUCUUUUUUUUUAAGCUUAUGGUUGAAGGUUAACAUGGUUUAUGCUGAUUACCAAAUUACGAGAUAAAUGCUGAUAUGGUAUGAUAAAGUCAGCUUCUUGGAUACAGACAUACCAAGGGCAGCUGCCAAUUAGAAAUGCAAAUUGCUAAAUUCCAAACAGAACCAGUGACUUUGCUGCUACAUAUCUGCUAAAUUGGCCACUUUGAUUCUUGCUUGUUUGUCUCAGUCAUAGGGAGUUCUGUAAAAGAUGCCCCCUGUUUUCCAUCUACCAUGGCCUUUUUCUGUUGAGAAACAUCUAAAGUGUAUUAAUAGUGCAUGCUUUUACUUUGCAAAUGUGGUGCCAAAUCCCUGUUUGCCACUGUUUUUGUUGUAGCAAUGUUAAUUGUAGUAAUCCUUAGUCAGUACCUUCCUUUGCUGAAACCAUUGAUUUUAGGACUUUUCCCCACUGUGUUGUGUGUACAGAUUUUAAUCUGUUAUAGUUGGCAGCAGUAUUAAAAUGGUGAGUAAAGAGUCCAGGUUUGUUCCUGUUUGUAACUAGUCCUUUUCGGAAAUAUCUUCUUCUGUUUUUUGCCCCGGCUGAGUGUGCUUUGGCUUUUGUCUGAGAAUGGGUUUAGGUAGGAGGGUUCCCUGAAGGUCCUAGUCUUUUGGUGUAAUAGUAUUGUUGAGUCUUGGCCUGACUGAGGGCCAUGUCAUAUCCAUGUAAGUGGUAUGCAGUCAAAACCCAUUUUCAAGGUUUACAUUUUGGUUGUGUGGAGAGCUCUGUUCACCUCAGCCUGCAGGCCGUUUGUGUACAAUGUACAGCAAAUGUCUUUAAGUGUUGAGUGGUCCACUGGGGGAAGGCAAAUGAAGAGAAUGCAUUUUGAGCAUUCCAAAUCAAUAGUUUGAGCAGUGCCUUUUGGGGUCCAGUCUUUUUGGAUUGGAUUCUAUUUCAUCUUUUGAUGUGACCUUCCACUUUUUUUUUUUUUUUUUUUUUAAGGUUGGUGGUCAUCAAAUCAGAAAGUUAGCCACAGCACUUCAGUGCCUUUAUUGGUAGUUUUCUUUUUUCUUUUCUUUUCUUUCUUUCUUUCUUUUUUGGGAAAAGUAUAACUCUGCAGAUGGUAUUGUCUAAAAAAAAACUGAAAGAAGGAAAAUGAUCAGCUUCAUUUGGUAACUGACUUAUGUCCACAAUGUAAAUAGGGUUGAUACUUGUUCAUUUUGAAUAUGUUUUCCUUAGUAUGUUCUCUAAUACAGGAUCAUCUGGAAAAAUGAGAACUGCUGGAGUGUUGUUUUAACUGUAGUCUUUCUAUAGUCCAGGCUAAUGGGAUGGUACUGUUGAUGACCCAAAAUAAGAGAUAAUCCCGAAAUUUAAUUUUACUUUGAAAUGCAUUUUGCAUUUUAGUUUGGAUACGUCUGCCUGAUAUGUUAAUUUUUUUAGCCCUCUGUUAAUGAAAAAUAGUAGUUCUCCUCUACACCAUUUACAUUUGUCAUUAUGUUUAUGUGAAGAUCACCUCUUACCCCACCAUCCCAAAUAAUUUAUCUCAAUGCACAAUGCUUGAGGACAUAGGGACACAGUUUCAGUCAGUGGUUUUCAAAUAUGCCUUAAGUCAAAAAUCACCUAGAUCUAUCUCAGAGAUAGACUCUUGGUUGGUGGGCUGGCAUUCUGUAAUUUUAGAACGGUGAUUUUGAUCCUCAGCCAUACAGAUCGCUAUUGUGUAUUGAAAUAAAAGAUCUUUUCUUAUCAGCAGGGCCAGAAUGUGGGGGUGAAACAUCAUAUCUACCAGCCUGGAGAAAAAGGAUUGAUAUUUGUAAUCAAAGAAAUGAAAAGUUGCCUUGUGUCUUUUUGGUGGAAAAUACUGGAGAUUGUGAUGGAUCGUGUUUCAAAAUUCAGGCGGCCAGGCUUUGGACCAUCUGAGAAAUCAACACAUCUAAAAAAAUUUAACAAAUAAAGAACGGUAAAUAGAUCCUAGCAGGAAGGACUAUAACAACAGCUUUAUUUUUUUGACAGUCACAUCUUCUCUACCUGUUUAAAUCCUGGGCUGUAGAAUUGCCAUCCAUUAGGCUCUCUGUAAAGAGGAGAUAUUCUGCUCCUUCAUGGCCAGUCUUCCCUAACCUUAUAAUUUCAGCUUUGCAACAGAUUUCACCUCUUGGCAUGAGGAUUCCAAGAACUUUUACAGUUAUUCAUGAGUGGGUCUUGAGAUGUCAUUUUCAUCUUGGAUAGUUUGACUUCUAUACCUCUAGUUCAGUGUAUCAUACUGAUGGAUUGUUAUUUUUCACAAGGUGCUGCAUUCUAAGAAUAGAUGGACCAAAUUUUCAGAAACUGUUUUCUUGCCUUGUAUAUCUUUUUAUUCUCUUACGUAUUCUAUUUGUGUUUUAUUAUAUGCACAUUUUGGAGUAUUUAAAAAUAACUGCUGGUUCUUCUAAUGUAUUUGUCCACCUUAUAUUCUUAUAUCCUGGCCAGUAUUCUCUGAUUUGUAGCUAUGACUUUCUUGGGACAUUGCUUACCUGAUGUGACAUAUAUUUAUCCAUUUGCGUAGCAUAGUUCUGGAGUUUCCUGUUUGCAGAGCUCCUUGCUGCAUUGGCAGUUACAUAUAAGGUAAAGUUAGUCUCUCAUCCAAUUAAAUACCUGCCUCUGAUUGAUUUUUUUUUUCCCCUUCCAGAUAUUCAAAAAACAACAGUCCUCUACUCAUUUAUAUAAACCUAAAAUAGUAUUAAUUCCUUUUACUGUAUUACUGGGAAAAUCUUUAAGAACGGUCUCAGAAACACUGGUGGCUCAGUAGGUUAAAGAUCUAGUGUUGUCACUGCUGUGUUAGGUCACUCCUUUGGCUUGGGUUCGAUCCCUGGCCCGGGAACUUCCACAUCCCUUGGGCUUGGUCAAAAAUAGCAAGCAAACAACAAAAGAACAAAAUUUCUGUUUCAUAGUACAAAUCAGAUACCUGACUUGGACCAGCCACAGAUCUCUAUAUAACUUUAUGGCCAUCCAAGCACAAGAAAAAAACGGGGUGCUUAGAUGCUUGAAAUUGAAAGUUGCUCUUGCUGUCAACUAACACGAAGUAAAAGAUAUAAGUGAGGCCUACUGGAGAACUGACUUCCAGGAUGGUCAGUAUCGUUUCUUUACCUUUGUUUAGGUUUUAAACCUCCACUCCUACCCCCCAAUUUUCUCAUAACCUUUUAUGAGUUAUUUCUGCUGAGGAGAACAUAUUUCAGAACAAAUCAGGGCAGGACAGUUUUUUUCUGAUACCAUGUCAGGGUUACACCUGGCUUUACCCAGGUCUUCUCAGGAAUAAGAGAUAAUGUGGAAUAUUAUGCAGCAAUAGCUACCCAAGGUACAAGAUUAACAUAUGCAAAUUCUCUGGCAAAACUCCACUCAAUAAAGUGUCUGAGCCACUUCCUGGAAAUACGUAUUUUUUAAAUAAACUUCUCAGGUGGUUCUGAUGCAGCUAACCUGGGCUAACAUUUGGGGACAACUGAACAGACCUUAUAUUAAAGUUCAACACAAAUAGUCAACAACUUCAAAAUCAGUAGUGAAUGACUGAAUUAUUUUUUUAUAUGCCAGUAGUUACAAAGCACCUUUUGUACUUGACUUAAAAGUGCCUUUCACUCGGAAAAUUGGAAUGAGGACUGUGUGGUCAAACACCGUUCCUACAUUUUAGACACAGAGUAUUUUGUUUUUAUACAGAAUUAAGACAAAACAAGGUAUUUGGGGUUUCCAAACAUUUAUUUCAUGUAUUUCAUUCCAUUUGUUUAUUCAGUGAAAAUUGAAAGAUACACACAGUAAAGUAAGAUAAAAUCCUAUAACAAAGGUAACUGCAUGUGUAAUAACAUGAACAUUCAUUUACUGGUGGUAGAUUUUGUUGGGCUUGGGGUUGGGAAGGGCUUUUUGCAGGGCUUGGAAAGCAGUAGCUAAGGGGAAUAAUUAAGGAGUCAAAUAUAAUAUGAAAGGAUUCACAUGCCUAGUGAUAUAUGUUUUCCCUUCCUGAAAUCUAAUGGGAAUCAAGAUGGUAGCAGAAAUAAUGAAAUACUAGUAAAUAUACUGCUGCGAUACACCAUCUCAGUGUAUCAGCAUUCACUAAGCUGUAAGGGCUUUGACAGCGGGAGUAUUGAAUUCUCUACACCCUGGUUUGUCUCCUCUCCUCUACUCACUCCCCCUGCUCCCUGCCCUCAUCCUUUGGGUAUCCAAACAUUUUUACCUAAAGGCUUGUUAGUAAGAGAGAUUCCCAGUAGACGUAACAAGUCAUAAGAAAUGACCUGUUUUUUUUCUAACUGUUCAUCCUUGUUCAUGUAAGAUAAAGGUCCUGAGACCUCUCACAGUCUUAGAGGCUGAAGAGUUGUUUGGUGUGCUGGGUCCUGGUCUUUUCCCUGCUUUCAGCUGGCUGUGAAAUCUUUCACUCUUUACAUCCCUCAUCUAAAGAUGGACUCAGUUAGUCUGUCCAGCUAUGGUGUUCUAUGAUUCUGAUCACAUAGAAAUAACCUAUCUUAAAGUAUUUUGUAAAUAUUCGUUAGGAUAUUCAAGAUUGUACUCUGCUGCAAAAAAGUUUACCUCCUAAGACAAUACCAACAAAUGUAUUCAUUGUAGCUGGUUGUCUUUUCUCUGCAUCACUUUUGCCACAUUCAUUUUUAAAACCUGCUAGAUUGGUCUGUAUUUUGUGAAGCAAGGCAAAAAGGUCUUUGUUUUGCAUUUAAAUCCAGUUCUUUAUUUUCCAUUCAAACUAGUGCUUGCUUUUCCAUGGUCAAAGGGCAGAAAAGUUCCCUUAUGUAAUCUGCAGUAUAUCUGUGUGACCUCAGAGAGAUGUCUUCAUGCUUUUACCUAGCAGGGUCACCAGAAGUUCUGCCUUGCAGUCCCUGGCCCAACACUGAAGUCCUGCUGGAAUCCGAGCUCCAGGGGCUGUGCCGGGUAGAGAGGGCCACGGGAGAUAAGAGCUUUUCACCCCUCACCACCUUCUCCACCCAGCAUGGCCGGGACACUUUGGUCUAUGGCACAUCUCCAAGGGUAAAAUGGUUUUAUGUGUGUGUGUGUGUUUUGUCUUUUUAGGGCCACACUCAAAGCAUAUGGACGUUCCUAGGCUAGGGGUCCAAUUGGAGCUAUAGCUGCCUGCCUACACCACAGCCACAGCAACACCAGAUCUGAGCUGUGUCUUCGACUUACACCACAGCUCAUGGCAACGCUGGAUCCUACCCACUGAGCGAGGCCAGAGAUCGCAACCUCGUGGUUCCUAGUCGGAUUCACUUCCACUGCACCACAAUGGGAACUCCUAGAAUGGGUUUUGAGUGCAGUUAAUUUUUCACCUUGGGGAUAGGCCACACUGAUUUGGACUUAUUUGGGGUAUGUGUUAGUGGAUUUUUUAAUCAUAGUAGGAACUGUUUGAAGUAAAUGUGUCUUUUAUAUUG